AUGCCAGCAAAAGGAAAAGGUCCCCGCCAGGGAAACAGGAGAAGGUCACCAGGACCGGCAGUCAAGGCUGCGAAACCAAAACAGGCGCCGCCCGCGAACAAACAGCACGCCAAUCGCAAGGUCGAAGUUCAAAAACCCGAACCCGAACCAGUUGAAGAAGAGACCUCUGGCCCCAAACUUGUUAGCACAAUCCCCCGAUCGCUUCAGCAAUUGAUACUGGAUGUGUUCAAGACUGCUUUGCUUGGAGAGCCGGCCACAGAGCCGGAGGCCGCAAACCCAGACGAUGAAUCACAGCCAGCCGAAACGAAGGAUAAGGAAGAACCGCUCGAUAUCAAGUCUCUGAUUCAAACAAUCAAGGGAUUGCUUUACCAGCGCGAUUUUGACUCUGCUUUCACUGAAGCGAAUGAAGAUCUGUUGCGCGCGUAUGCCUUGCGCUGGAGUUCCUCGCGAUCAUUGGGAUAUGCCGGCAUCCUGAAGGGUGUAUUAUCCUGGAUGAAAGAGGAAGAAGAAGAAAACACUCGAGGUCGCACGAGAUCAAACAACCCUUCAACCCGUGUUGUUUCCAUCGGUGGAGGUGCAGGCGCAGAGAUCGUCGCUCUCGCAGCUGUGCAAAGAGAUCUAGACACCGAAGCUCAGUCAUUGGAGCAGCGUAUUGCCGAAGUGUCGCUGGACGAAAAGGAAGAAAACAAGCCCGAAGAAGAGACUGCUAGUGCACGCGGACUGUCCGUCAUGGCUGUCGACAUCGGAAACUGGACCAGUGUUGUUGACAGGCUUUCACGAACCAUCUUUUCCGCCAAUGUGCCGUUCACAUUAACUUCGAAACACCGCCCACCCUUGCUCUCACAGGAGGCAAGUGAAUCAUUCGCGGUUAACUUCCGUCGUGCGGAUAUCUUGAAUAUUCCAGAGGAAGAGCUGAAAGAACUCCUAAUUGGCAGUUCGUCCUCUUCUCCUUUCACUUCCGUUCUGGUCCCGAUCAUGUUCACGCUGAAUGAACUUUUUUCGACAUCCAUGCCCAAGACUACCGCAUUUAUGCUUCGCAUGACAGAGAUCCUGCCGGUUGGUGCGGUCCUCCUCGUUGUUGAUAGCCCAGGAAGCUAUUCAACAUUAAAACUAGGAAAGGGACCGGAUGGGGAGCCUCAAGAGAGGAAUUAUCCCAUGAAGUUCUUGCUUGACCACACUUUGCUUUCAGUGGCGAAGGGCAAGUGGGAGCGGGUGUAUACUGAGGAGUCACGGUGGUGGAGACGAGACGCGGUGCGCCUGAGGUAUGAAGUUGGCGAGGGUGCAGGCCUGGAGGAUAUGCGGUUCCAAAUGCAUGUCUAUCGGCGGUUGUAG